AAGAUGGCGUUAUCCCCUCCUACCGACCAUCAGCCAGUAGCGGCAAAGAAUCUCAUCUUGUACAUACCUACAGCCUCCUGAGCACCACCUAUUUUCAAAACCAAUUAUCACUUUAGCGCUACCUUGCCACUUCAGAUGAGAUCUCGCCUUUGCCGCCAGCUUUCACCGUCUACGACUGUCAUAAAUAUUUUUUAUAAUGAGAAUCUAAUCAUCAUGGAAACAAUUGAUGACAUAUCAAGCACGUGUGACAAUGAUUCUGGGAUUGAAAAAAGUUUAUUCAAACGGAAAAACAGCUUUGAUUGCGAAACAGAAACCGAGUACGACAGUGAAAAUGAAACUAUUGAUGUGAUUUGUGAAAACAGUGUUAGCAUAAUCGGCAGAAAUUGUGACAAAAAUGUACCAAGUUCUUAUGGUGCAGAUAGAAAUUACUUAUGCGAAAGUCGCGUAAUAUUUCCUACUAAAUUUAAUGUAAGAAAUAUUUGUGAUAAUGAUACAACAGACAAUGUUAUACGACAUUCAGUAAACAAUGCCAUAAAUAGUAGAAGUAAAACAUUUUUAAUUGACAAUAUAUUAGGUAACGAUAAAAACACUUCUCAAAUAAUUAACCGGACUAAUACAGACAGUGAUAAUUUUGAAGAAACAGCUGCUGAUGAGCAUAACGUGUCAUCUACGUCGACGUGCCCGGAGCUGAGCGCGCUGAACGAGGCAGGCCUCCUCGCUGGACAUGCGUAUGCGCACUGGCUCGCGUCGCAUCAACCAUCCUCCACGUUUUAUGAUGACAAAAACAAUAGAAGACCACGGCGAGCAGGACCCGAGCGCAAACCGAGACAAGCAUACAGUGCGAAACAACUGGAGAGGUUAGAAGCAGAAUUUAAAUUAGACAAAUAUUUGAGCGUUUCUAAAAGAAUGGAACUAUCAAAAGCGUUGGGCCUUACGGAAGUGCAAAUAAAAACUUGGUUUCAAAAUCGCAGGACGAAAUGGAAGAAGCAAUUGACGUCACGGUUGAAAAUAGCGCAGAGGCAGGGAUUAUUUCCUGGGCAAAUCUUCGGACACGCCCCACAAGCGUAUUCUCUUUUAAACCCGUACGCCUAUGCUCCUCUCAGCUGUGUAUUUUCGCCUGUUACAUUACCAUCUUCGCCACCCUGAGAUGAUUCAUAGGUGCUGUUAAAAACAUUGGAUCGAUUCAUUUUUGUAUUAUGACAAAAAACUUCAAUGACUAUAAUUGAAUUUCGUCAACCGCCAAUCGAAUGCUUCGUAACAUUACCAACUAAAAUUAAUUACUCUAUUAAAGUGUCAAUAUAGGGCAGAAAAAUAUAUAGAUAUAUAAAUUAUAAGUAGGACAUGUGCCAGAUCCUAAUUAUUUAUAUUAACAUAGGUACAGAUACAUGUUAUUGUGGAUUUGUUAAUGACUUGACUCUACAAGAAUAAUUAUGAUAAUUAUUUGUAAUCGCGAAGCCUCCAGCAUUUGUUUACUCAGUGUAGAUUGUUAAUUAUUUGCAAUUCAGACAUAGGUAUGUUGGAAGCAGUGGUGGUUGAAUGCUUUAGACGCCCGCCUGUGAACCGAAAGUUCCCAGGUUCGAAUCCUCUCGUGCCACAGGGGUUUGUAUAUCAAUCUGACUCGUGUAAUAGUAGUUUUCAUUGACCACCACUUGCUUCUGGUAAAGGAAAAAACGUGAGAAAACCUGCACUUUGGUUGAUUAUCAACGUGUGUGUGAAAUAGAGAAGGCAAUGGCAAAACACUUCGUUAAUAGUACCAAGAAAGUGGUUGUGUGUGUUUAAUUCCACGUAUUGACCACAAACGCCAGCCAUGAGGAAUACGACUAUAAAGAAGACGUAAGUUGUAUGAAAAUACACUUAUGGCAUGUAGAAUAAAUAGUACCUAUGUGCUACAUACUAUUUUUAUUUUAUCCCCAACCUAUCUUACUUUAUUGCGUGUAAAAUUCCGUUGCGGGUAUCUCAUUUUUUUAAAUUAUACAAAAACCCAACAUUUUCAUAACGAAUUAUAAAAUAAUUUCCAAAAUUAUUUUGUAAAACUAUUUCCUGAAUGUAAAGUAAAAGUGUAAACAUCACCAUUCAUAUUCCUUUUUUAAACUCGUUAACUAUUUUAAUUACUGUGUGAAGUGUACUUAUUUAGCUAUGGAUUGCUUAAGUCGCUACUUUUAUCACCUGCACGUCCCAAAUCGAGGUGUCAGUAUUCGUCAUUGUUUAUGGAAUGACGAAGAGAUUACUACUAACUUCUUAAUCUUCAAGAUUAAUACUUUUUCAACAUUUCACAAUACGAACUCAUUGCGCUGAAUUUAUUUUAGGUUAAUUAAAAGAUGUACAGAUGUAGAUAAUAAAUUCAUCAAACUUAAUAAAAUUGGCAUUAUUUACAUAUUGUAGUAGGUAUUUAGACUUGUAGUAGAUCGGAAAAUAAAAUAUGAUAAAUUACCGAAUCUUAAAAAAAUAACAGAUUUUAUAUCAGUAAUAAAUAAUUUGAGUAUUUUUAAAAAUAUUGUAAGGAAGAGUAAAUUACGUAUUU